AUGGAUACUGCUAAGUGGCCACAGGGUAUUGAAGGAAAGCCAAUUAGGCCACAAAAAGACUGUCCAAGAUGCAACUCUUCUAACACAAAAUUCUGUUAUUACAACAAUUAUAGUUUGUCUCAGCCAAGACACUUUUGUAAGACUUGUAGAAGGUACUGGACUGAAGGGGGUACUUUAAGGAAUGUUCCGGUGGGUGGCAGCUCACGAAAGACGAAGAAAUCGUCGUCGUCGUCGUCAUCAAAGAAGCUUCCUGCAGAUCUAAGCUUUUCUCAGUCUUCUGAUCAAAACCCUAAGAUUUAUGAGGGUCAGAAUUUGAAUUUAGCUUAUCCAUUCACCAAUAAGGUUCCUGGAUUUGUUGCUUUGCCCUAUAGUGAUAACAGCACGACACUAAAUUAUCCAAACCCUAGUUUUUCUUCCUUUUCAUCUAAUAAUGAAGUAAUGGAACUUCUCACUUCAAGGGAAUUGAUCAAUUCUAAUAUCAAGUCCAUGCCGGCGUCGGUCUCGGGUUUGGGUUCUAACACGAUGGAUCCGCCAUCUGGAUUUCCAUUGCAUGGAUUCAAAUUACCAAGCCUUAAUUUUUCCUCAGAUGGGCUUGAAAGUGGUUAUGGAAAUUUGGGAGGUGGUUUUCAAAAUACUAACCCUAGAUUCCCUUUCUUUAUUGAGGAUUCGAAGCAAGUUCCGACGUCCGAAUUCGAGCAGGAUAGAGGGCAAGGAGAAUCCAUCAAUGGAUACUGGAACAAAAUGUUGGCUGGAGGAUCAUGGUGA